AGGCUCACAGGACAAAGCACAGUUGUGGCCUUGCCUUAGUUUCGAAGAGAUGCAGUUCACGCCGCAGCAGCUCACCGGUGGGCCAAAGUAUCAUCACAAGACCCGAAUUGGCAACUGGAGCGAGGACCUGGAGUUGGAGGAGAUAAAGCUCAAGGACUACUUGAAGAAGAAGGAAACUGGUAGCCUCAUCGUCACUGCGAAGCAGCGGCAACUGGAGUCUUCCUUAAAGCAGGAUGAGCUCUCAUCAUCGCCUGAUGGCCUGCUUCACUUCGGCAUGAAAGUUAUGCUGGUGAACCAUCAAUCCAAGGGCGCAUUGAGUGUCAAUCCGUAUGAUGUAGUCACAAAGUCCCACACAGCAUACAUGGUUACAACAAGCCCAAUUGGGAGCCCAUGUUUGCGAAAUGUAUUCCUUAUUGAACGUGCAGACGAUGCUGAUGGUUUCGAGGAUGAUGUGGUGCACUACGGUCAGAAUGUGCGGAUCAAGCUUUGUCCAUUCUCCGAGAUCACAACGGAUGCCUUUUUGCACAGCGAGAUGGUCACAGGGCUCGCUGCAGCUAAAUUCUCAAGGCACCAGGAAGUGACUGCCCUGACGGUUCCCAAUGGGGAAACUCUUUGGCAGGCACUGUAUCCAGACACCAACUCACGAUUUGAGAUGGAUGGUGAACCUGUGCAGACAGGAGCACCGUUGGUUAUGCGACACGUGCAAACAGGCUCAUUUUUGGCAUCUGAUGAAAUUCCUUACCACAACAUCUUUGGCGUGGAGUUUGAGGUCCAUUGCUUUCACUACUUCUCCCUUGGGAAGUCGCAAAACCUGGUGGGAGAGAUGAAGGGCGAAAUCACAGGGGACUAUGCACUGCGAAAGCAUGGCCUUCCAAACAUAUGGAGUUUCCUGACCGAUGGCGGCUUCGUUGGAGACCAGACUGCAAAGCCUGAGGAGUCUUGAGUGGAAGAGUCGCUUCAUAGUGAGUGGGGUUCUGCAGGGCAACUCCAUGUCAAGCAAUAGUCUUUGGUUGUUUGUGGGGAAUUGUUGUUUCAUGUUUGAUGGGUAC